AUGGAGCUGUAUUUGGAUUGGGAAGUCGUGGUCAAGGUUGUGGUCGUGGUCAAGGUUGUGCCUGUCCCAGGUGUACCAUCCCCGACAACAGCACCCUCCAAGAAAUCUACUGUACUCCCCGGAAACUCGUUGGAAACUCUGUCUAAUCUCAAUCCAGAAUCAAACAAUACCUGCAACAAAUACCAGUGUUACCAGUGCUUUGAAACACUCGUCUCCUGUGCAGCCUGUCCCAACUGCACCAUCCCCGACAGCAGCACCCUCCGUGAAAUCUACUGGAAACUCAUUUCUAAGCCAGAAUCAAAUAAUACCUGCAACAAAUACCAGUGUUACCGGUGCUUUGAAACACUCGUCUCCUGUGCAGCCUGUCCCAGCUGUUACAUCCCCGACAACAGCACCCUCCCUGUACCAUUCCCGACAACAGCACCCUCCAAGAAGUCUACUGGAAACUCGUUUCUAAUCCAGAAUCAAACAAUACCUGCAACAAAUACAGUUUCAGCUUCUUCCAGCUCCAGCAAUCAACGCCAGGUUAACCCUGGACAAACCAACACAAGUCCCCCAUCUGUACAUACUCCGUCCAGAAAUAGAAGAUCAUCUGUAGAAAAUGGAGCUGUAUUUGGAUUGGGAAGUCGUGGUCGUGGUCGUGGUCGUGGUCAAGGUUGUGGUGACCAACAGUUUUUUCCUUUGCGGCCUGUCCCAGCUGUACCAUCCCCGACAGCAGCACCCUCCGUGAAAUCUACUGGAAACUCGUUUCUAAUCCAGAAUCAAAUAAAACCUGCAACAAAUACCAGUGUUGCCAGUGCUUUGAAACACUCGUCUCCUGUGCAACCUGUCCCAGCUGUACUAUCCCCGACAGCAGCACCCUCCAAGAAAUCUACUGGAAACUCGUUUCUAAUCCAGAAUCAAACAAUACCUGCAACAAAUACAGUUUCAGCUUCUUCCAGCUCCAGCAAUCAACUCCAAGUGAACCCUGGACAAACCAUCACAAGUCCCCCAUCUGUACACACUCCGCCCAGCAAUAGAAAAUCAUCUGUAGGAAAUGGAGCUGUUCUUGGAUUGGGAAGUCGUGGUCAAGGUUGUGGUGUUCAACAGUCUUUUCCUUUGCGGCCUGUCCCAGGUGUACCACCCCCUACAACAGCACCCUCCAAGAAAUCAACUGGAAACUCGUCUCUAAACCUGAAUCAAAUAAUACCUGCAACAAAUACCAGUGUUACCAGUGCUUUGAAACACUCGUCUCCUGUGCAGCCUGUCCCAGCUGUACCAUUCCCGACAACAGCACCCUCUAUGAAACCUACUGGAAACUCGUUUCUAAUCCAGAAUCAAACAAUGCCUGCAACAAAUACAGUUUCAGCUUUUCCCCCGACAACAGCACCCUCCGUGAAACCUACUGGAAACUCGCUUCUAAGCCAGAACCAAACAAUACCUGCAACAAAUGCCAGUGUUACCCGUGCUUUGAAUCACUAUUCUCCUGUGCAACCUAUCCCAGCUGUUACAUCCCCGACAACAACACCCUCCGUGAAACCUACUGGAAACUCGUUUCUAAGCCAGAAUCAAAUAAUACCUGCAACAAAUACCAGUGUUGCCAGUGCUUUGAAACACUCGUCUCCUGUGCAGCCUGUCCCAGCUGUACUAUCCCCGACAGCAGCACCCUCCGUGAAAUCUACUGGAAACUCGUUUCUAAUCCAGAAUCAAACAAUACCUGCAACAAAUACAGUUUCAGCUUCUUCCAGCUCCAGCAAUCAACUCCAAGUGAACCCUGGACAAACCAUCACAAGUCCCCCAUCUGUACACACUCCGCCCAGCAAUAGAAAAUCAUCUGUAGGAAAUGGAGCUGUUCUUGGAUUGGGAAGUCGUGGUCAAGGUUGUGGUGAUCAACAGUCUUCUCCUGUGCAGCUUGUCCCAGCUGUACCAUCCCCUACAGCAGCACCCUCCGUGAAAUCUACUGGAAACUCGUUUCUAAUCCAGAAUCAAAUAAUACCUACAACAAAUACCAGUGUUGCCAGUGCUUUGAAACACUCGUCUCCUGAGCAACCUGUUCCAGCUGUACCAUCCCCGACAGCAGCACCCUCCGUGAAAUCUACUGGAAACUCGUUUCUAAUCCAGAAUCAAAUGAAACCUGCAACAAAUACCAGUGUUGCCAGUGCUUUGAAACACUCGUCUCCUGUGCAGCCUGUCCCAGCUGUACUAUCCCCGACAGCAGCACCCUCCGUGAAAUCUACUGGAAACUCGUUUCUAAUCCAGAAUCAAACAAUACCUGCAACAAAUACAGUUUCAGCUUCUUCCAGCUCCAGCAAUCAACUCCAAGUGAACCCUGAACAAACCAUCACAAGUCCCCCAUCUGUACACACUCCGCCCAGCAAUAGAAAAUCAUCUGUAGGAAAUGGAGCUGUAUUUGGAUUGGGAAGUCGUGGUCAAGGUUGUGGUCGUGGUCAAGGUUGUGCUGUACUAUCCCCGACAGCAGCACCCUCCAAGAAAUCUACUGGAAACUCGUUUCUAAUCCAGAAUCAAACAAUACCUGCAACAAAUACAGUUUCAGCUUCUUCCAGCUCCAGCAAUCAACUCCAAGUGAACCCUGGACAAACCAUCACAAGUCCCCCAUCUGUACACACUCCGCCCAGCAAUAGAAAAUCAUCUGUAGGAAAUGGAGCUGUUCUUGGAUUGGGAAGUCGUGGUCAAGGUUGUGGUGAUCAACAGUCUUCUCCUGUGCAGCUUGUCCCAGCUGUACCAUCCCCGACAGCAGCACCCUUCGUAAAAUCUACUGGAAACUCGUUUCUAAUCCAGAAUCAAAUAAUACCUGCAACAAAUACUAGUGUUGCCAGUGCUUUGAAACACUAUUCUCCUGUGCAGCCUGUCCCAGCUGCACCAUCCCCGACAGCAGCACCCUCCAUGAAAUCUACUGGAAACUCGUUUCUAAUCCAGAAUCAAAUAAUACCUACAACAAAUACCAGUGUUGCCAGUGCUUUGAAACACUCUUCUCCUGUGCAACCUGUCCCAGCUGUACCAUCCCCGACAGCAGCACCCUCCAAGAAAUCUACUGGAAACUCGUUUCUAAUCCAGAAUCAAACAAUACCUGCAACAAAUACAGUUUCAGCUUCUUCCAGCUCCAGCAAUCAACUCCAAGUGAACCCUGGACAAAACAUCACAAGUCCCCCAUCUGUACACACUCCGCCCAGCAAUAGAAAAUCGUCUGUAGGAAAUGGAGCUGUUCUUGGAUUGGGAAGUCGUAGUCAAGGUUGUGGUGAUCAACAGUCUUCUCCUGUGCAACUUGUCCCAGCUGUACCAUCCCCGACAGCAGCACCCUCCACGAAAUCUACUGGAAACUCGUCUCUAAUCCAGAAUCAAGCAAUACCUGCAACAAAUACAGUUUCAGCUUCUUCCAGCUCCAGCAAUCAAUGCCAGGUUAACCUUGGGCAAAGCAACAUAAGUGCUUUGCCUAUACACACUCCACUCCGAUCAUCUGUAGAAAAUGGAUGGAUCAUCUGCUGUCCUUGGAUUGAGUCGUGGUUGUGGUCGUGGUCGUGUUCGCGGUCAAGGUUGUGGUGA